CGCGCGGUCACAUGACAGGGAAGUCUUCUCUGUCAUCGGGGAAGAUGGCGGCGCUCUGUGUUGGAUGCCGGCUGGUGUUUUGUGUUGUGUUUCUUGCAUUGGGAGCCACAUCUCAGUAUGCAGAGAACAAGGCCGAACACUUCUUCAGAAGUGGACACACAAAUAACUGGGCAGUGUUGGUCUGUACCUCUCGAUUCUGGUUUAAUUAUCGUCAUGUAGCAAAUACUCUCUCGGUUUAUAGAAGUGUGAAAAGACUUGGAAUACCUGACAGUCAUAUCAUCCUUAUGCUUGCUGAUGACAUGGCUUGCAACCCGAGGAACCCCAAACCAGCCACCGUGUUUAGCCACAAAAAUAUGGAGCUUAAUGUUUAUGGCGAUAAUGUGGAAGUUGACUACAGAGGGUAUGAGGUGACUGUAGAGAAUUUUCUUAGAGUAUUGACUGGCAGAUUGCCACCCAGCACCCCACGACUGAAAAGACUCCUUUCUGAUGACAGAAGCAAUGUUCUUAUCUACAUGACAGGUCACGGAGGAAACGGCUUCCUAAAAUUCCAAGAUUCAGAAGAGAUCACCAAUGUGGAGCUUGCCGAUGCCUUCGAGCAGAUGUGGCAAAAGAGAAGGUAUAAUGAAGUGCUGUUUAUAAUCGAUACCUGCCAAGGAGCCUCCAUGUAUGAGAGAUUUUACUCCCCUAACAUAAUGGCUCUUGCAAGCAGCCAAGUUGGAGAGGAUUCCCUGUCUCAUCAACCAGAUAUGGCGAUUGGUGUCCAUCUGAUGGACAGAUACACCUUCUAUGUCUUGGAGUUCCUGGAAGAAGUUCACCCAGCGAGCCAGAACAACAUGAAUGACCUGUUCCAGGUGUGCCCUAAGAGCCUGUGUGUGUCCACCCCGGGCCAUCGCACCGACCUCUUCCAGAGGGACCCGCAGUCCGUUCUCAUCACUGACUUCUUCGGCAGUGUCCGGAAAGUGGAAAUCACCGACAGUGGAGUGAAACUGAAAACCCAUCCUGAGACAACUGAGAAAAGGUACUCGUCUGAUGCCUCUGUGGUGGACCUAACAACCUAUGCCAACCAACUCCCUGUAUCUGAAAUAAUACACCAGAAACCUAAAGCAAGAGAAUGGCACCCUCCGGGAGGAUUCAUCCUUGGGCUCUGGGCUUUGAUCCUGCUUGUUUUCUUCAAGACAUAUGGCAUUAAGCAUAUGAAGCAUAUUUUCUGAGCCCUGUGACGCCAUUACAAGUACUACUGAAGCUCAGGAAUAUUCUGCACUGGUGUGGCUGCAAAUCCUGCUGUAUAUUUGCUGCUGAUUCUUUCACAAAGCUGAGUAUUUAUAGACUGGGACUGGCCAAAACUCAACACGGUUUACUACUCUGAAAAUGUUCUGGUUUAUGCCAUAUUGGGGAGGUGUUUUUUUUUUUUUAUUGUUCAUCAACAAGGAAAUGUUCACCAAGUACUGCUGAACAACUUGGCAAAGUUUUACCUGACGUAUCAUUAUUUCCUAAUAAAGUGGACCCGUCUGAAUAUAAAUAUGGGACCUGCCAUUGCUGAUUUGUUUGUGAAUAUGCAGGCUCCAGGUCUUUUUGCUGUUAUUGAAGUGUCACAACAUCUGAAUUGUGCAUACUUGUACUAGUCUGGGGUCUUGAUAGUGACACCAGGGAGAGGAUGAUUGCCCUGGAAUUGGCACCAAGGCCUCUGUUAGAAACCACAGGGUCCCAUACAGCCAACCUGACAGUCGUCACUUCCCAAUAAACACAAUUUACUAUGCUUGAGUUAUGAAUGAACAUAGUGAGUGAUCAAUACCAGUCACUCAUUGUGUUCAUUCAGGAAAGGAAGAGGCUGGUAAAAUAUAUAUUUACUGGAACCUUCCCCCACUCUCCAACCUGAAGGAGCCUAUUGUGUGCUUGCAGCUUCCAGCAGGAAGGAGAGUCUGGAAGCCAGAAGCACUCCAGGGAUGGGGGGGGCUGGGCAGCAGGAGGAAACGUAUGGUGGACAGGGAUGGGAGGGGCAAUUACUGGAACCAUAUCUCUGAAUAGCUCUCUGCAACAGCUGAAAGAUAGUGGUAGGGAGAGAAGAAGCCAGCUUUCAGCUGCUGCAGAGAGCCGUUCAGGGCAUAGGUUCCAGUAACCCCCCACCGCUGCCAAACCACACAGAUCACUCUUCCAGCCCACAUUCAAUUCGCCCUGCUGCCUGGGCACCCCUGCUGGUCUGGGCCCUGUACAGAAAGACCAGUGGUACGCCUUUAUCUACAGCCCUGACUGACACCUUUUAGAAACAAAUCGGAAUUAGCAGCUCCCAUAGAUUUACGCACUGGCUGCUUCCUUUUAAAAUGUACCAGUCAUUUAUUUUUCAAGAAAAUUGUCAAUUGUGUAGGAAGAUAGAAAUGUAACCAUGGUGGAGGUUUUUUUUUUUUUUUUUUGACGUGUAGAUUUUGAAGUGAAUUUGUCUUGACCAAAAAACAAAGCAAAACACCAACAAAGACAUCCUGUAAAAAAAA